CUAUUAUACCUUACCCAUCGUCAUCACCAAACUCUUUCUUGUCCCAACCACUCCCCCAAUUCACACCUAUUUCUUCUUCAUCUCGAUCUUUCCAGAAAUCAAGUAAACCAAAAAAAGAAAAAGAAAAAGAUAACAAUCGUUAUACUCCUUCACCGUUAAAUUCGACGAUGGCGGAAUCUUCGAGCAACACUCGCCUAUCGAAUUCUUCCGACGAGGUUUCAGUCUACUUGGACGCCGAACCUCGAUCUACUACCGACAUUGCCACCACCUCAUCCUCUUCAGGGCAUGUUGACAGGGACACGUCAACUACUAGGCAUAGUUUGGCUGAAGUUAUGGCUAUGGCUGAAGCUGAAGCUGAACCUGCACCGACUCGUCAUAGCCGGUAUCACCGCCAAAAGAGUGCUACUAAAGUUAGGAAGAACACCGGAAUCGGCUCCAUUAUGAAGUUCCUUGAUGAGAAUCUUCCCGCCAAGAAAAGGCUGCGAUUUCUAAAAAGAGCUUCUGUGAUUAAGGAUGAUGGCACUGUCGAAUUUGAUGUACCAAGAGAUAUCAAUCCCCCAGAAAAUAUUGGAACUACGGUUACCUCUAGGGAACCUUGCAAUGAAUCUGGGGAAGCAAUACCCUAUCAUGAUAUUCAUCCACUUCAAAUAGUAAUGCUUAUAGUUGGCACUCGGGGAGAUGUCCAGCCAUUUGUUGCUAUUGGGAAGCGUCUACAGGAAGAUGGCCACAGAGUUAGGCUAGCUAGCCAUAAGAAUUUCAAAGAUUUUGUUUUGAGUGCAGGCUUGGAGUUUUACCCUUUAGGUGGAGAUCCCAAGGUUCUUGCUGGUUAUAUGGUCAAGAAUAAAGGCUUCUUGCCGUCGGGCCGCUCAGAAAUUCAUAAACAAAGAAAUCAGAUAAAGGCUAUUAUCAACUCUUUGCUUCCAGCUUGCAACAGUGCUGAUCCAGAUACUCAUGUUGCAUUUAAUGCAGAUGCAAUAAUUGCCAACCCUCCAGCAUACGGGCAUACUCAUGUUGCUGAGUUUCUAAAAGUUCCACUUCACAUAUUCUUUACAAUGCCAUGGACGCCAACAAAUGAAUUCCCUCAUCCUCUUUCCCGCGUUAAGCAACAAAUUGCAUAUAGACUGUCGUAUCAAAUAGUUGAUUCUUUAAUCUGGCUUGGAAUACGAGAUUUAAUAAAUGAAUUUAGGAAGAAGAAGCUAAAGCUAAGGCCUAUUACUUAUCUAAGUGGAUCUUAUACGUCCCCUCCUAACAUGCCCUAUGGUUAUAUAUGGAGCCCUCAUUUGGUCCCUAAACCAAAAGAUUGGGGACCCAACAUUGAUGUUGUUGGAUUUUGUUUCCUUGACCUUGCUUCAGAUUAUGAGCCACCAAUAUCAUUAUUAGAGUGGCUUGAAGAAGGCGAAAAGGAAGGCAAAAAACCUAUAUAUAUUGGAUUUGGUAGCCUUCCUCUAGAGCAGCCAGACAAAAUGACACAAAUUAUAAUUGAAGCUCUGGAUAAAACCGGGCAGAGAGGAAUCAUCAACAAAGGCUGGGGUGGACUUGGGAAUUUGGCAGAAACAAAGAAUUCCGUGUACUUAUUGGACAACUGUCCACAUGAUUGGCUAUUCCCAAGAUGCAAGGCUGUGGUGCAUCAUGGGGGUGCUGGAACAACUGCUGCUGGUCUUAGAGCUGCAUGCCCAACAACAAUUGUACCAUUCUUUGGGGACCAGCCAUUUUGGGGAGAGCGAGUGCAUGCCAGAGGAGUAGGCCCGGCACCAAUUCCAGUGGAUGAAUUUACAUUAGGCAGGCUGGUUGAUGCUAUAAACUAUAUGCUGAAGCCAGAGGUGAAAAGGAAUGCCGAAGAACUUGCCGAUGCCAUGAAACACGAAGAUGGGGUGGCAGGAGCAGUUGCAGCCUUCUAUAAACAUUAUCAUCCUCAAACACUUGAUUCCGAGACCAACCAUCAACCGGUAGCCACCGUGCCUAGACUUGGGUUCUCCUUCCUAGGAUGCUUUGGUCUCUCUAGAUCUAAAUCCACAACUUCUAGAUAGAUAUCAAUCCUCGUUAUUCUAGAUAGAUAUAAAUCCUCGUACAACUAACUUGCUCACUUAAAUCACAUGUUCACCCUUCAGUCUAUUCUAAUGUAAUGUGCCAUUAAGAAAUGUAAAUCGUGUUUUUUUGUUCUGUGUAAUCAUCUCCAUGGAUAUUUCUGAAUGAUCCAUCAGGAUCCAAUUUACUUGUAAAUGAUAAUCACUCUUCUCUCUUAUUUAGCAGCAAAUAGUGAAUGUUCCUGCUCCUCAUUUCAUUGAUCAAUGCUACUUGUUUUACACCCACUGCUGGAUGGAAUGUAAAUUCCAUAUAUUUUAGGUCCUUUGUCUU